AGCGGGCGUGUAAUACGUCACGCCCUCGCUUGAUUUUCUUUCCUUUUUUUUUCUUUUAGUGUGUGUGUGUGUGUGUGUGUGUCAUAAACGCAGCUGUGCCAUAAAUGCAGGCUGUCCUUUGAACGCACCAGUUGAUCUCCUCCGGGAGCUGAGCGCGCCUCGUCGAAACGCAGCGUCGGACACGUUGACCACCGGCGCACAAGGAGAGGAAACGGCGCAUGCCAUUUUCUUUUUUUCUAUUUUUUUGUUACCGGGAUAUGUUGGUUUGAUCUCUAUUCUCGCCGGAAUAACCAGUCUGCGUGCCUCCAAGCGGCCGCUCUCUCCCCCCCCGUGAAGCGGCGCAGGAGCGUUAUGUAAGGCGGAUAACGGUCCGGAGAUGAGAGCGCGUCUCUGACAGCGGAGCGGCAACAAUAGUCCGGACCGGGCUGCGUCGUUCCCGUGUGCGCGCUCCGUUUCAAAGGCUCGUUCGUUCAAGCCUUCUGACGCCGAGGAGCCGCUCCUGCCGCCGCCGCCGAUGCUGCUCCAUCCACUGCGCCGUCCGCUUGAUUUACUGUGAGCUAGGCGGCUAACCUGCCGCAGACGAGCCGUGUGCGCAGCAGGAUGAACCUCCAGGCUGCAGAUGGGUCAGAUUAACUCCAAGAAACCCUUCCUGUAAUUUGGCGUGCUUAUAAUUUCCAUUUAAAUUUUAAUGACCGCCUGUGGUCCGAUCUGGCCCAGGAGGGAUUUUUUUCUCUCUCUCUUUCUCUCUUUCUUCCCCAUGAUAGGGGUCUAAGCGCAAACAGUAUAUGGGCCCAUGUCUCAAUUUGGAAAGCAAAGAAUUAGGCGCCUGAAGAGGGGAUAAGCUCGUUAGAUAAGCCUGCUCUGGGUGCUUUAUUGAGCCAACACGCCUGGUGAGCGGUCAGUCUGGACUCCCCCCUCUGUCCCUCUGCUGGAGGCACCUCACCCGGCCUUCACCUUCUUUGCUGUCACAGCGACGCGCCACGAUGGGCAGCGAUGCCGGGGGCGCCGGGCCGGCGGAAGUGGAGCCCAUGCCGGGUUACUGGGAGCUCAUCACCAGAGGCGCCGGCGUCAUGCUGGACGAAUGGAGACGGUGUAGCGACUGCGGCGCGGAGCUCUCCAAACGGACUCUCCUGGAGACCGCAUACAUCACCUGGACCGAAAUCGCCCUGUUUUUCUUUUGCGCCUUUUUGUGGACCAUGAUCAGGAAGGGACUGACAGAAAGUCUGUUUAAGCCUCUUGCACAGUGGUGCAGGCUGCUGCCCAAAGAUGCUGCCAAGAUGCCGGAGAGUGCGUGGAAGCUGGUCUUCUACACCAUGUCGUGGUCCUACAGCACCUACCUGCUCUUCUUCUCCUCCUACUCCUUCUUCCACGACCCGCCCUCUGUUUUCUACAACUGGAAGAGUGGUAUGACAGUGCCUACAGACAUCGCCAUCGCCUACCUGAUCCAGGGCAGCUUCUACGGCCACUCCAUCUACGCCACCGUCAACAUGGACACGUGGAGGAAGGACUCCGCUGUCAUGGUGGUGCAUCACAUCAUCACCCUGGCUCUCAUCAGCUUCUCCUACGCCUUCAGGUACCACAACGUAGGCAUCCUGGUGUUGUUCCUGCACGACAUCAACGACGUCCAGCUGGAGUUCACCAAGCUCAACGUCUACCUGAAGUCCAGAGGAGGCGGCUAUCACCUGCUCAACGACGUGCUGUCCAACAUGGGCUCUGUCAGCUUCAGCAUCACUUGGUUCUGGUUCCGACUCUACUGGUUCCCUCUGAAAGUGCUGUACGCCACGUGCGUGUCCAGCAUCCAGUCUGUCCCCAACAUCCCCUUCUACUUCUUCUUCAAUGCCCUGCUCCUCGCCCUGCUGCUCAUGAAUAUCUACUGGUUCCUGUUCAUCGUCAUCUUCGUGGUGAAGCUGCUGAAGGUGAAGGAGGUGAACGAUGUCAGGGAGUACGAGGACGAGGACGCCAGGAGGGCAGCAGAGGAGCUGCUAAAACACCCUCAGGCAGAAAGCAAUGGUGAUGGUGAUGAUGAUGAUGCUGGACAUCACAAUUCAGCCCAGAGAAAGCACGUACAGAACGGGGUAGCCAAGGACAAGUAUCUAUAACAGGCCCUGCGGGGCCACCACCUGGCCGUGGACGCCUCCUGCAGGCCCAAAAAAAAAAACGCGACCGAGAGGGAAGAGCAUCUCGACCCACGAAACAACAACAACAAAAAAAAAAAAGAAGAAAUGAUACAAAAAAAAAAACAACAAAAAAUGAAGGAAACGUUUAGGGUACAAUCAGUUUUUAUUUUGUAUUUGUUUUAGAGCGUUUUUAUUUUCGGUUUUAUUUUAUUAGAGCACUGUGAAUGUCAUUUUCAGCUGUCUUACUGUUGUCAACUUAACAUCUGAUAGAUCUAAUGGAAACAAACCCCCUUUUUUUUUAAUUAUUUAAGGGAGGAGUGGAACAGGGUAGACCCGUUCUGAUUUCUUCGCAUUACCUUUAGGAACCAAGGGAACAAGCAACAGCUGGAUCAUGUUGGGGUUAUUUGUUGAUUCCCUCCCACUUCCUUCACCUCCAUCCAUCCCGCUCUGGUUUAUUAUAUGAGGAGGAAUGAAGGAUUAUCGCUGCUAAUCCUUCGUCUGCUUCGCAGCUUCCCGGCGUCUAAACUUGGAGGCCAGCGGCAGCGUUUGCAUGUUCUAGGAUGUCAAGAGCGCGCUUGCAGCUUUUAAAGUAACAGGCAUCCUUUAUGUCAUGACACUUAUCUCUCUGACUUAAGAACCACACGAACUCUGAACCUUCACCAGGAUGGCUCUACAGAAAGCGCUCCUGUUUUUUUUUUUUUUUUUUUCUUGUGUUUUUUAUUUUAUUUGCUGUGUUGUCUCUGUAUGGGCUGCUCAGCAUCUGUUGCUGCACUGACAUGAAGGCGUACAAGCUCAUUGCUGGUUUAAUGACGGCAAACGGCUAGAAUUGAUUGACCGGGUCUCAGCGUUCUUAUCGUAAUUUCAUUUGCUGCAACAGAAAGAGAUUUCAAAUCAUAUUCAAUGUAUUCAGGUGACGGACGAGGAUGGGGGAAGAAAAAAAAAAAUCAUCAUCCUGAUUGAAAACACAAUGUAUGCACUCGCUUUAGUAUUCAGGAAUGCAUGAAGUCGGGCAGGAUUUUGGAAAAUGCGCAAAUUCUCCCAGUGGCACCUAAACGCCUCAUUUAGACAAACGUGAUCAAACAGACUCGAUGGGGAAAAAUAGGGUAUUCACAGCAAAUAUGUUGUGUCACUGAUAUGUAACUCACACCAGAUUUCAGUAACAGCCCAACUAAUCCCACACAGGCAAAGAAUGAAACACAUUUUGACCAGAAAUUAAGUUAUUUGUAAUACAGCGGACACAUUAAGAAAAUUAAGUGCAAAAUAAAUGCGUAGAAA